AUGGCAGAAGGGCGGGGCCACGAUGACAUUUUGCAAGAGGUGAGGGAGAACAUGUGCCAGAUUCUUGGGCAGGAUGUGCGGAUCCAGCGAAUACCAGGAGAUGGAUUCUGUUUCUUUCGUGCUCUAGCACACUGCUGCAUGGAUAGAGUUGAUGUAAAGCAGGGCGAUCUUGCUUGGAGUUUGUAUGUCUUAGCGUUGGCCCUGUUAUGGGCAGCCGAAGAGUAUCAUGUGAUUGUUGGCGACACAGACAGCGAGACAGAAAGACGACGUAGCCGCCUCCGGCGGAAAUGCUCGGAUCAGAGACUUGCCAGUUUGGAUGCGGUUCAAUGUUACGUGUUGGACAAAUUGGCAACGUUGCUCCGACGCGACGCAGUCUUAGACACCGAUUGUUUUGCUGACGCACCGGAGAUUGUCGCGAUGCUGGCAAAGAACGGCUUGCGCGUCUUGGUGAUCGAUGUGCCUUUUUCUGGAACGGGGUGUGUGCGACCGGACAACAUACACCUCAACUAUGACGACUUUA